AAUUCAGUUGAUGUCUGAGGGGGUGGUAAGAAGCAUAGGAGUGGGAAGAUACUUAGAUUGGAGGGCUUUGGAUGCCUCUGGAUCGGCAGGAGACAUUCUGAUCUGUUGGGAUAAAAGGUUGCUGGAGUUGUUGGAAUGGGAGGAGGGUCAAUUCUCUAUUUCAUGUCGGUUUAGGAAGGUGGAAGAUGGAACUGUUUGGGUGUUCACGAGGGUGUAUGGCCCGUUCACCAAAAAUGAGAGGGAUUGUAUGUGGGAUGAGAUUGGGGCAAUCAGAGGAUUAUGGGAAGAACCCUGGUGUGUAGGGGGGGAUUUUAACGUUAUCCUUUCUCAAAGUGAAAGGAAUAGGCAAGGGAGAAUUUCUGCAGCAAUGAGGAGAUUUGCUCAGGUUAGAGAUGAGUUAGGCUUGGUUGAUCUCCCGUUGCAAGGAGGAGGAUAUACGUGGAGUGGGGGGCCAAAUAAUCAGUAUUGGGCCAGGUUGGAUAGAUUUUUGGUUACUUCUAGUUGGCUAGAUCAAUUCAGUAGUGUGAUUCAAAAAAGGUUGUCUAGGCCUGUCUCGGACCAUUUUCCUGUGUUGCUAGAGGGUGGUGCUGUGAGAAGAGGUCCUUCCCCGUUUAGAUUUGAAAACAUGUGGCUUAAAGUUGAAGGGUUUCAAGAGUUAAUCCAUAGCUGGUGGCAGGGAAUAGAGGUGAGAGGCAGUGCUAGCUAUAGGUUGGCUACAAAAAUGAAAGAAGUGAAACAAAAGCUUAAAGUGUGGAAUAGGGAAGUGUUUGGGAGAUUGGAAGACAAUAAAGCUGCUGCCAUUCAACUAGUGGACCACUGGGACAUGGUGGAAAGUGAGAGAAGAUUAUCAGAAGAGGAAACAAUUUCAAAAAAGGAAGCAAAGGAAAGUUAUGCUAAGUGGGCUUCUUUGGAGGAAACUCACUGGAGGCAGCAUUCCAGGGAAUUAUGGUUAAGGGAAGGGGACAAAAAUACAGGCUACUUCCAUCGCAUGGCAGCUGCCCAUCGUAGAAUCAAUCAUAUGGACAGAAUUAAGAUAAAUGGGGUGUGGCUGACUGAGGAGAAGGAUGUGAGAGAAGGGGUUGUUAAUGCUUUUCAACACUUACAGAAAAUUCAGAUUGGAAGGCGGAUAUAGAAAUGCUGCAGUUAGAGCAAUUAAAUCAGCAAGAGGCAGAGAACUUGGAGCACCCUUUCUCUGAGGAGGAAAUCCAUAGUGCCCUGAUGGAGAUGAAUGGGGACAAAGCCCCAGGACCGAAUGACUUUACUAUGGCAUUUUGGCAAAGAUGCUGGGUUCUAGUUAAAGAGGAGGUUUUGGAUUUGUUUAAAGAGUUCUAUGAGCAAAGUGCCUUCAUCAA